AUGCGAGGAAGCACCACGCCGGUGAAACCAUCAUCCGCGCGAGUUACUGAUACCACCGAUGUCGUCGGAGCUCAGAAAACGUUAGGCUCCUCUUUAGUGCCUCUGAUUAACAAAUUACAAGACAUAUUCGCCUCUGCUGGUUUGGAGGAACUGUCGGACAUCGAUUUGCCUCAAAUCGCGGUCGUCGGGAGCCAAUCGAGCGGGAAAAGCAGCGUUUUGGAAGCGCUGGUAAGUCGUCUUCUUCUUAAAGUUUUGCGUCGUCUUGCUGUUGUUGUUGUUUGCGCGCGUUGCGAGAAACGAGAUACAGUUUUUUUUGUUCCUUUUGAAAUUCUUUCUUUCCCCAACGAACAACAGAAACUCUUUUGUUGGUGUUUCGCGAAAAGCGCUCGCGAACAAGUUGGCCGAGACUUUCUCCCUCGAGGUCCGGAAAUAUGCACGCGUCGACCUCUUCUCUUGCAACUGGUCCACACGCCGACCAAUCCUCGCUCCAACGCUCCGAGCGAGUGGGGCGAGUUUCUCCAUCGACCGGGGGAGCGGUUCACGGACUUCGAAGAGAUUCGUCGAGAGAUUGACCAGGAGACGAACCGAGUGACGGGUACGAACAAAGCGGUGUCGGACCAGCAAAUUCGUCUGAAAAUUUGUUCGCCGAACGUGUUGACGAUGACUUUGGUGGAUUUACCGGGGAUAACGAGAGUGCCGGUUGGCGAUCAGCCGAAAGAUAUCGAGAAGCAAAUCAGAAAUAUGAUUUUGAGUUACAUUAAGAGAGAUUCGUGUUUGAUUUUGGCGGUAUCGCCGGCGAAUUCGGAUUUGGCAAACUCGGACGCGUUGACGUUGGCGCAGUUGGUCGAUCCCGAAGGGUUGAGAACGAUUGGGGUGAUUACGAAGUUGGACAUUAUGGAUCGAGGGACAGACGCGAGAGCGUAUUUGAAAAAUGAGGUAGUGCCGUUGAAACUGGGAUACAUUGGGGUUGUGAAUAGAUGUCAGGCGGAUAUCGCGGGAAAAGUGAGCAUGGAAAAAGCGAGGAACGCGGAAGGGGAUUUCUUUCAAUCGAGGAAGGAGUACGCGGAGAUUAUCGGCCGGUGCGGUAUGAAGGCGUUGGGGAACACCGUGUCUCGAUUAUUGUCCGAACACGUGGCGAGAUUGUUGCCGGAUUUACACCGAAGCGUGUCCAAGAGACGAGAUAAAGCGGCGUGUGACGUCGCGGAGUUUGGCGAGUGCGUUCCUGACUCGGAUUCCGCGCAAGCGAGCGUGGUUUUGCAGAAAAUUCACACGUUUUGCAACGCCGUCGACGGCGCUGUGCAAGGCAAAUCGAAAAAUUUAGCCACGGAUUCUUUGGAAGGUGGCGCGAGAGUGCAUUACGUUUUGCAAGAAAUUUUCGUCAAAGGUUUGUGUUCGUUAGACCCGACGCACCAAUUAUCGGAGGAGGAUAUUCGAACGGCCAUUCAAAACGCCGCUGGGACGAAAGCGGUGCUCUUGUUGCCGGAGGAACCGUUUGAAAUUUUAGCGAGAAAAGCCAUCGAGAAAAUGUCCGAUCCGUGUCAUCAAGCCGCGAAGUUGGUUUACGACGAGUUGAACACAUUGACGUCAAAUUGCGUGCGAAGAGAGGUGUCGAAACAGUUUCCAAAGUUGGCCGAGGCUAUCGAAGAAGCGACGAGAGAGUUUUUGAAGAACGGAUUGGAUCCGGCAGAAUCGAUGAUUACGAAUUUGGUUGAUUGUCAGUUGGCGCACAUCAACACCACCCACCCAGAUUUCAUUGGCGGAGCGAGAGCACUUGGCGUGGCGCAAGCGCAGUUGGAAAAGAGACGAGCAAAAGAAAGAGCGUUUUCUGAACAACAACAACAGAAGCGGGAAGAUAUGGAGAUGUCGGAAAAUGUUGGAGAAGAGGACGCGCACGAGUUGACGCCGACGAAGAAGAAGGCGAACGCGAUGAAGUCACCAUUGAAAAUGAAAAACCUAUCGGAACUUAAUAACAAUCACGGCGAGUACAAUCGAGCGGACUCAUCGAACGAGGCGUCCGCGCAUUUCGAUGACAAAGAAAACGGCGCUUCGGAACCGAAAAUAUCGUGGAUAUCGAAAGGUUUGUGGGGCGGCAACGGCAACACGCCCAAGAAGCCGCAAGACGCGGGGAGUAAAGGAACAAAAACGAAACGACGAAACGACUCGCUGAGACAGUCUAUUCAAGAUCUUAACGCGUCUGAUCACUUUAACCAUACUUCCUUUGGAGUUGUAUCCUUGAUGUCGCCGCCGGGAAUCUUAUUACCUUCGGAAAUCGAUAACGACGAGGAGCUUUUGCAAGUGCUCGUUACGCGAACGCUGCUUUCGAGUUACUUCAAACUCACGCGAUCAGUUCUCGCCGAUAUGGUUCCAAAAGCAAUCAUGCACUUUUUGGUGAACUCAAUAGCUCGAGGGUUGCAACAACACUUGAUUUCGACUUUGUAUCAUCCAAGCACGGUGAAACAAUUAUUGGCGGAAGAUCCGGAUUCGGCGAGGAUGAGAAGAAAUGCCACAGAUCGUCUAGCGGCGUUGAACAAAGCGAUGUCGGCGAUAUCAGCGUUUCACGCGGAACUGGUUUGA